AUGAAAAUUCGUUAACCAUUAUAUCAUCCUGUCGUACAACAAUUUCAAUGCCCUACUUAAUAUGUUUCUUUUGCAUCUCCAACUUAAAGGUUUUCAUAAGGAUAACGACUUGCAUCUCCUACUUCUUAAUAAAUUGAUUAUCAAAGAUUACGAAAUGCAUAGUCAAUAUAACAAAGUGCAUAUGCAAAUAAAAUAAGUUAGGAUAUACCAUAGCAUAUGAUCACUAAGAAACCUCAUAUUAAAAUGCCAUAAUAAGGAGUAUAACUUUCUCAAUCAUAAUCAUUUUCUUAUAAUCCUUAGAUGAUGGUAGGUCUAAUCAAAGAGAAUUAAGAGAUUAAGGCUAAAAUUAUUGAGAAGGAGAAAUAACUCAUCCUUUUACAAUAAGAAAUAGAUUUGUAUGAAAAAAAAUCAUGA